GACGGUGGCCCGCGAGGCUCGCCGCAGACAACGCGGCGGCGAUGUCCGCGAGCCAGGCGGGAGCCGCGGCGGCAGCGGCGGGUCCUCGCGCACGGCAGGGCGGCCUGGGCUUCGGCCUCCCUCCGGUUCCUAGGAAGCGGGCCGACAGCCAGCGCGGGAGCAGCAGCGGCAGAGACGGAGGCUCCGGCGCGUCUCUCUCCUCCCCUUGAGCCUGAGCCGGGGGAGGCCAGGCGGCCGGGGUGGCUGGAGGGGGGUCCGCUGCCCGAGAAUGGGAAUUCUCUUCACCAGGAUAUGGAGACUGUUCAAUCACCAGGCAGUUGGGUUUGCACACCACUGAGAAAUGCUGGGGUUCUCUGGGAUGAAGGUUACAGAUUGUGGCCCCAGCCGCACCACUGAGCGCCCGAGGAUUGCAGAAUGCGGUAAAACCUGAGGAAUCGCUCUUGGCUUGACCAGUACAUUCGGGUUUAAGAGCCUGUCUUCCAACUCCAUCCCGCCCUUCCCCGCUUUGGGGAGAUUCUUCUGCAUCCUGAGUAGUGAUGGUCCUCUCUCCUUUUGCCGUAUUGAUAUCUGUGUUUAAGGUUAAGCUUAAGAGCACAAAGUUAUCAUUGUUGGGCUGGAUAAUGCGGGAAAAACUACCAUCCUUUACCAAUUUUCUAUGAAUGAAGUUGUACAUACGUCCCCAACAAUAGGAAGUAAUGUAGAAGAGAUAGUGAUUAAUAAUACACGUUUUCUAAUGUGGGAUAUUGGUGGCCAAGAAUCUCUUCGUUCUUCGUGGAACACUUAUUAUACUAACACAGAGUUUGUAAUAGUUGUUGUGGACAGUACAGACAGAGAAAGGAUUUCUGUAACUAGAGAAGAACUCUAUAAAAUGUUAGCCCAUGAGGACCUAAGGAAAGCUGGAUUGCUGAUCUUUGCUAAUAAACAAGAUGUUAAGGAAUGCAUGACUGUAGCAGAAAUCUCCCAGUUUUUGAAACUAACUUCUAUUAAAGAUCACCAGUGGCAUGUCCAGGCAUGCUGUGCUCUUACUGGCGAGGGAUUAUGCCAAGGACUUGAAUGGAUGAUGUCACGACUUAAGAUUAGAUGAUCUCUACUGACCUAUUCUCGUAGACUUUGUAUAAAUGAAGUGCUGGACUUUACCUGAAAGCUGCAAAAAUUAAUGGUUUAGAUAUAUUUAUAAUAAACUGAUUUAAACAGUUAAACUUUUUCUAUAAGAAGAAAAAUUAAGACCACUUAUUUGAAAACAAAGAUGAAGUCUCACCUUUCCAUCUGCUUUCUCAUUAGUUCCUUCCAAAGCAAGGUCUUAAAGCUGUGAUGGACAUUUUUCUCAUAAAGAAUCCUCUCAGGACAUUGUAUAGCCUGUGGUAAGUACAAAGGGAGAGGAGGAUAUUUUUAACUUUAAGAGCUUUAUUAUCAAAAGUAUUUUGCAUAGGGUUGUGUAGGUAUUGUGUAUAUACCUCAAAUUUGAGUUAAUGGCUUUGAUUUAUGUUCUUAAAAAAAGGAAAUAACACAAAAAUUAAUAAUAUCCUUAGUUAUAACCAUAAUGAGAUGAGUACUGGCAUUGGUGGGUGGUAAGUGCCAUUUUGUACUUCCCGUAUGUUCUCCGUAUCAUACUAACCAACCCCCAAAUUGUUGAGUUGCUCUUAAAAAGGAAAGAAAAAAAAAAGAAAGGAAAAAGCUUGACAUUGUGUACCUAAUUUUUCGUUGACCAAAUCACAUACGUGGAAACGUAGUCCAGCUGAGUGAAAUACCUGUCAUAUUCUUGACUUAGUAUUACUAAUGGGCAGAAUUGCACAUUGAGCAGUCACCAGAUUGCUCCCUUUACUGGACCUUAUGCCAUCUAAAUUUACUGAGUAAAUUGUUAAUCUAUUUUCAGUCAAUCAUUAAUUGUGAUUAAAAUUAUCAAGUGAUUUUUUUCAGCAUUAAUUGGAAACUGUUGCGUGAAAUAUGUCUACCCAGAGAAGAAGUAUCACACUAUAAAUAUUAUCAAAUAAUUUAGCUACAGUCUUCUUAGAUAUUAAAUUGUAUGUCAAGCAUUUAAAAGUCAAUUUGAGAUGAAAAUGAAAGCAUAUUUUCUAAGCAACAAAGAUAAUUUCUCAAUUUGAAAGUUUCUUUUUUUUUAACUUGGGAAUUGGAAUAGUUUGAGGGUUUUUUUUGUGUGUCUGUAAGUUUUCCUCUGUCAUCUUAAACCACAUGAAUGCAUUGUUUGACAGUUACAAAAUACGAGUCCUUUUUAAUGCUUUUAAGGAUUUGGUUUAAAUAUUGAUCAACAUAUGUAUUAUUUUUACUAAGAAGUAACUUGGCCCCAAAACCUUUUAUGUUUGCUAGGUUUUUUGUUUUUUUUUCCAGCAUCUGAAAAUCUAAGGUAUUUCUGUUAUAAAUGUCAACAAACUUAUCCUAAAUGUGUUAAAACAUGUUCUUGGGAACUCUGUUGGUAUAUCUUUCAUGCCCUGAAAAUCUGGUGACUAAUUCCAAACUGGCAUGUUUUAGAAUAUUCAAGAAAAAAAAACCUACUUUCAAUACCAACCUUUUAGAUUUCAGAGAUUUUGAUGAGAAAUAAUAGUACAUAAGUAUUGACAAAACUUUGAAAGUUCCUUUCUAUAAAAUAUAAAAUGCUUGUUAUAUAAAUCCAAGUCAGGCAUGGGAAAUCAGUGUUUAAAAUUAGAUGUUUUGUGUUUUAUAUUUAUAUUAUAAUGUUCAAAAUGCAAGUAUAACAUUUUAAUAUUUGUCAACUUGCUUUUACAAAAGUAAAUCCUAAAUUACUAAGCUUUAUUUGUUCAUAUGUCCUCAUACUUUUUCAAAUCACUGUAAGAAAUUGCUUGUAUAUUAAAAACCCAAAUCUAUUUUGUAGAUGUUGCAGUGUCAUCAGAGACAAAUAUUCUGUAAAGUAGCCCAGCAAAUCCACACCUUUUAUCCUUUUUGUCUUUUAAUUUGAAUAACCAUGUUUUAGUCCCUUGAAUUGCUGCCACAUCAGUUCGACACAUUCCCUUGUCAGCACAUUCCCUUGUCAUCAAGGUGUUAGCCAAAAUUUAUUCUUAAUUGGAUGUUUAAAGCAUGUACUACGUUGUUACAGUUGGUUUAGUGAUUGACAUGGCAUCAUGAGAAUGCAUGAAAUCUUUUACCACAUUUAUGAAACAUGCUUUUUUUGUUAUAUUCUACCCUCCAGGGCAAGCAUUAGAAAAAAGGUGGUACCUUUAUACUUGUGCAUAAAACCAAAAUUACAAUGGGAAAAAUUUUUUUAAUUUGUGUACGAAAAUACAUCGAAAUCAUUGUAACAGUAUUACUUCCAAAUAACAUGGAGAGCCUCAUGAAUAGUCAUAUUGGUGAUUUGUAUGUAGUUUUAAAGUGGAAUUAAGCAAAGGGCAAUGCUUUUGGUUUUUUAAUAUGCUACUUUUGGGUGUAAACAAACAUUUUAUUUAGGGUUAUUAUGCUCAGCUUUGAAAAGAACAAAGCUUCAUACCUCUACAUGUGGCUGGAUUUAAAUAUCCUAUGUUUGAUACUAAUUUUGAAAGUUGUGUAACUUCUCUUGAUAUCUCGGUAAAAGUAACCAUAUUGCUAUACGCAUUUCAAUAUGUUUAAUUUUGUCAUUGCAUUUAGGAAGUAUAUCUUACACAGUCUAAUAAGGAUUCUUGUUUGAAAUUUUUCAGUUCUAUCUUCUUUCCUCAUGGAUGGGCAAAGGUAGUUUGGGUGGCAGGGGAAAGUGGUAGGGAAUAUGACAUUUUGCCUUAAGAAUAAAAAAGUGCUUCAGCACUGCUGUCUGGCGUUUUUAAUGCAGGUAAAGUGAUUUUAGAAGCGUGGCAUGGAAUAGAAAAGAGUUUCUGUUUUCUGGUCUUCAAGAAGUGCCUAGUAGGUAGUGACAGUGAGAUCACAGAGAAGUGCAGGGCACUGAGGAAGGGCCGGAAGUCCCUGAGAUGUUCUUUUCUUUUCUGUCUGAGUAUAUAGUAUUAAGAUAUCUAGAAAUGGGAUUCUGUUGUCCCCUCUCAGAGGCACUUUACAUCUCUUGCUGUGACUACAGCAACCACAUACAGUACAGACAACCUCAAAAUUUGUUUAUAUUAGUGCACAUAGAAAAACUGUAGACAGCUUUCUAGUUUUCUCUGCAGGCAUUUUUGGGAAUAUAUCUGUAGUGUGUUCUACUUUGUAUAUAGGGGGUAGUAGCACAUCCCAGAUUAUUUGUGGACCUUGGAGUCAUCUUCUCUCAGUUACCCAGUCAUAUCUUGGAAUCAAUCCAUCUUUCAAGGCUGGGUAGAGACAAGGUUUCUUUGCAUGACUUAACUUUGAACCCUCUCCCUGUCUAAAUAUAAUCUGAAACUUCUUGCUUUAGGAUUGGCUUUCCCAUAGCUCAGCCAUCCCCUGCUCUCCGGCAUCUUCAUUGCCCAUCAACGAAGAUAUGUUAUCUUGGUCCUGGAGAUAUUCUAAACUUUACGCAUAUCCACUGUUCUCCAAACUACUAGUUUUUUAGUUGGUGCUCUGGUUCUUUGCUAUCCUCCACUGGCUUGAUUCAUUGAUUUGCAUUUUGCUUAUUAGAGAGUAUUAUCAGAGUUGUUGAGUACAUCACAAGACUGGCUUGCUGUGUGCACAGCACAUAAAUACAUACCAGCAGUAGAGUCCUUUAAAUUAUACUCUAUUUAACAUUUUAAUACUUCUUAAUUUUAGCUUCUCACACUGAAAGGUAGGUUGAGAAAGAUAAGAGAACUACCUAGACUGCCAGCUCCUUGAGCUACUAGUUAGACGUGAAAGGGAUUAAGUUAUAUGUGUAUUAUCUUCCCAUUACCAAAAAAUGAGUUACGUUUUGAGGAAUAAAACACGCCAAACCAAAUUCAUAUGUAGUGUUUAACCUGAAGACAUCCCCACAUCCUUAAAACUGUAGACCACAUUCCAUUUUUUUCCCUCAUGUUUACUUAAAGAACAAAGAUAAACAUUAGCUGUCUAAAGGAAUUAGUAAUGAGAAGCCUAUCUUUACAAAAUAAACCUGUUGAAAUGGACUUUAAAAAACAUCAAAAUUAUCAAUCACCAUGUAUUGACACUAUAGAUGCAGACAUAAUAUAGACAAUACUUUUUUAAAGUUCCACUUAUACAAAAAAUAAAACUUCUAUAUCAUGCUCCCUCAAAGAAUGUACGAUAAUUUUAAGACCAGAAUGGUGUAGUAAAGGAAAGAAAGAGAAUUUAAAAACCUUGGAUGCCAAAAAGUGGCUGCUUCUAUUAAAUCCUAAAAUCGUGUGUGGGAUUGUGAAGAAAUUGUAACAGGAUACAGUUGGAUUAAUUAUGCAAUAUUUCUUAUUGAAUGUCUAGCUCUUUUGUAUUGUUCUGAAAACUAAAGUUUGAAUCUUUAUGGUCUUGCCUGCUAGAUAUUGUGUUCUUUGGUAGAAAAUUCCCAUAGUCUGUAUUCAACAAGUGCCUAAAACUGAUUUGUGUUGAUUUUUAAGUCCAUCUAAUAAAUUAUACAUGUUUUCUAUGGUAUUAUAUGUGCUUGGCUUACUGAUGAUACAGCCUUGAGGGUUUUUAAGUCAUAAUUUUUGCUUGGUUUGACUAAAAAGCCUCAAAACUGAAAAUACCCAUCCUAACCCUGAGUAAACUAUAGGUUAAGGAAGCACUAGCAAAACCAUUUUUUCUCUUUCCUAAUACAAAUAUUCCAUGGCCCUGGUGUCAGUUAAUGCAGAGACUAGAAAACUAGACUCUAUUUCUGUUUUUUUUUAAAUAGUUUUAACACAGAGAAAAUUAUAUUGUGUUUUAAAAUCUUAGUAAAAGUUUGUUGCUUGUGUAAGAGUAGCCUCUUAAUUCUCAUACUUAGUGGUUAGUAAUUUUGAGUCGUAUCAUUUAGAUCUUGAGCCAUUUCAUGUGUGUGCACACCAGAAUCCUUCCUCUUUAGAUUCUCCUUAUAAAACGAAAUAUUUGAUAGAACUCUACUAUGUUUCUCAUGUUCAUUCUUCCUUCCUCCCUCCCUCCCUCCCUCCCUCCCUUCAUUCCUUCUUUCUGCCUUUCCCCUCCCUUUCUCCCCUCCUUCCUUCCUUUCUCUUUCUCUCUUUCUUUCUUUCUUUCUUUUUUGACUGUAAACUCUGGGGGCAAAGACUGUAUUUUCAGUGAUUCACAAUUACAUUUUGUUUAUAUUUUAAACAAUCUUGCAUGAAAAGUAAAAUGUAUAUAUGAUUUUAAUUAUUAUAAUAUAUACUUUUCUCUUCCAAAACUUCUUACAUUGGUGAUGUAAAGAAGUCCUCUAAUUAUUUUUGCUUGAAAUAGUCCUUUAGAUUAGAGUAGCCUUUUGUUACAUUAUGUCCCUCUAUGGUUCCUUAAGAGGAAGUGAUACCUGCAGAGCACUUUUAAAGAUAUUUUCUGGGUUAAUGUUCAAGAUAACACAUUGAAAAGGAAGCUAUAAUUAUGUCUAAUGAGGGCUCUUUUGGUUGCUAGAGAUGAGAAAAAUGAAUACUAAUUUUAAUUUGUGCUUAAAAUAUAUUUUACUAACUAUAUUGAUUUUUAAAUAUGACAAAUUUAUCUUGUAGAUAUUAAUCUUCCUUGCUUAUUAUAUUUUCCUAGAGAAACUAGAUGAAAAUGUGUUCCAGCUAGUCUCUAUAUAUUGACAUAUGUGCUCUAUGUAUAUUGACAUAAUUGAAGCUGCAUUUAAUACAACUAAUUAGAAACCUUUUGAAAAUUUUUAGGUUUGUUAUAUUGGAAUUUCUAAUAUGACACAAGGUUUUGACUCAAGCUUUGUAUGUAAGAAGAGGUGGAAAAUUUUUAUCUCUUUAUCAUUUUAUUAACUUGUAUUUCUCUGUAUCCUAGGAAAAUUGUACAUUCAAGGAAUAUUCCAAAAAGUGAUCAUCUUAGAGCAGUUGGGUGCUUUUGUAUUUCAUCAGUGCUGAUAUGUUAGGUACCUAGGGAAAUAAUGCUUCAGGGCCUUCUUGACAAGACAACUUCGUGGGUGGCUGGGGGAUAUUUAUGUUUGUGCUCAUGUUGGGAUGGAGUGGCAGAUGGUAUAGGGACCUCUCCAUUGGUAAAGCAGUGCAAUCAGCUUCUUUGCAGGUGUGUUACUUCAUUAUACUUGUAACAUCAUUCCUGUGUCCAUAACUGACUGAAAUGUCAAUGCCUUAGCAUUGGGUCAGGUGACCAGUAGUAGGACCUUGUUUAUAAUGCAAUAAAGGAAUAAUGUUAAGGUAUGUUUGAGGGGAAAUAACAAAUAUGAUUUUACUGGUGAAUUUCCAUGUUUAAUAUGUAUAUUAACUUUUUUUCUAAGUUGCAUGUUAACCUGGUAAAAAGUAUUGUCUCUGCUUUAUGCUUUGAGUAAAAAGAACAGCAAAAAAAAGACAAGUUAAAUUGUUACCCUAUUAUGUACUAUUAUAUAUACCUUUUCUUUUAGAAAAGGUUAAUUAUAAUUACUAUUCACACAUCCAUGUUGUCAGUGUUUUCAUUCUGGUUUAUUGUCUUAAUGUGUGCAGACUUGGUGAUAGUAGCUCUAUUAACUGUCCAGGGCUGGGAUCGCCAGGGCAAUUGAAAAUGUAUGACGGUUGCAUUAUGCAAAUAAAAAAACGAUUGUCCUCAUCUUCUCUAGGAACCUUUUUAUGGAACUUCGUCAUUUAAUAGCAUUCUAUCUUUUACUUCUGGGUAUUUGAAUUGGACAUGAACCUGAUAAACAGUGUGACCAGUUUGUGUGAUUAAUUUGUCUUAAAAUGUGAGGAAGGUACAGUCAUUUAAAAUGAAUAUUUUUAAAGUGAACAGUCAUGAGAAUGGUUGACAGUAAACAGGAGAAAAAGGAGGAAAAAUGUUGCGGAUGCCUGGGGACGGCACCUCCACACGCAUGCUUGUUGAGUAGCGGUCUUUCUCCCCUCUGGAAUGUAAGCUGCAGGACCACAGU